ACAUGUGACAUCCAGCGAAUGCGUGGAUGUGUCGAUGGAGUGCGGAUGCGUGCCACAGCGCGACAUUCAUAGCAUCGAUAUCACUUCCAACCAGAGUGAACACGCAGAAUGAUUGAAGGUCUCGCAAAAGACAAGAUAGUUCAGAUAGCAAGCCACAUGCCACACAUAAAGCACUGAGGGAGUCAGUCAGACGAAGCAGUGCAGUAGAGUGCACACAAAUUCGAUACAUCAUGCGCUGCCUUACUUGAGGCUCACAAACUGUACACACAAGGUGUCCACACACAGCAGCGAAAAAAGACUCGCAAUAGAGAUACCAUGCACCACAUAAAUGGACGAGCUGCCCACACGUAAUCAGCACGUUUGGUUAUGCACACCACUCACUCACAAGCAACGACAUAAGUCCCCCAGUGCAGUGCAAUGUAUGUCGGUCAGCCAACACCGUCUGCACAUCCCAUGUCAGUCACUGGUCACCCUUCUUUCGUUUCUUGGUCAUCACCGUGUCCUUGGAAGGCUUGUCCCUGUCGUAUGAAGGUGGAGGCAUGGCGGAUUGCGGAGCAGCAUCUGAACAGACGACAGAGCACGGCGUCUGCAAACGUGUGUCCUCCCCAUCUGUGUGCGUUCUCUCACCUUCCAGCAGCAUCCUCGGAAGCCUCGCUUUGACCUCUUCCUCCGUCAGGUACAGAACGAACAUGGCAGGGGCGACACGGCCGGCGCGGCCUGAUGACUCGAGCGCCUCAAUCAUCUGACACACACACAGAGCCGUGUGUGCGUUGUCUUGUGUUGUCUUGUCUUGUGUGGUGUGUGUGGCUUGCCGGUCGAUGCUCCUUCUCAUCUGGCCAGAGCUUCCGGAUAGUAUCGGGAAGCUUGUCCAUGGCAUCCGCAAGCUUCUUGUCCUUUAUCCCAGUCGCGCCCAUCUUCGGGAACGUUUGCGCCAUUCCCGCAGAGGUUUCAC